UUGUAUCCUAGAAACUUGCAGACAAUCCAAUACAAGUAAAUCCUCACGAAGGCUGACAGCAACCUUGACAUUUGACAGUGUUUAGUGUUAAGAUGAAGAAUGAUCCUAAUUCUUCAGGCCUUCUCUCUCCCGAGGAAACUGCAUUGGUUUCUGCUUUGAUCGGAUCACGGUGUCAAUCAAUGGCGACAACCGUUGCCCAGGUUUACCACAGCGAGGGCCCAGGGCAUAGCUAUAGGUGGAACAAGAGAAGCUGUGGAGUUGUCUGCUUUAUCAAGGAUAAUCUCAGAAGAUCAUAUUUUAUCAGAGUUUACGAUAUGGACAAUAAUAUUCAAGUCUUUGAACAGGAGAUCUAUAAUCAAUUCAAAUAUAAAACACCUCGCCCUUACUUCCAUACGUUCGAGGGAGAUGAUGCACAAAUCGGCCUAAAUUUCGUCGACGAGAAGGAAGCUGAAGGGUUUCAGCAGACUGUGGAGAGUAAACUUCAAGAACGUAGGAACAGACGAGAGCGACGGCAGGGGAGCAAGAAGCAGGUGAUUCCAACCAACGGGAAUCGUCCAGUCAAUGGGACAGAGAAGAUAUCAACUGCUUACACUUCAACCGCACCGCCUUUUAAGAAAGAGUCUGUUGGGAAGCGGAUUGAGAAGAAAAAGCUUAAAAAGGAAGAUAUAGGGAUGCCAACCAACUUUCAGCAUAUUAGUCACGUGGGUUGGGAUCCAAACCAUGGAUUUGAUCUAGAGAAUGUGGAUCCUAAUCUAAAGAAGUUCUUCCAGAAGGCGGGGGUAGAUGAGAAAGCUCUCCAGGACAAGGAUACUCGGGACUUUAUUUAUGAUUUUAUUGAUAAACAUGGUGGAGUAGAAGCAGCACUAAGAGAGGUAAACAGUUUGAAUGAAGGAAUGGCUCCCCCUCCUCCUCCCAGAGUUAUCAGCGCUCCCAGCAGCGCUGUUCACCGUCCUCUCCAGUCCAGCCUGCCUAGCAAUCCCCCGCCACACCCUCCUGCAGCUCCUCCUCUAUCAAGAUCUGCGUCUUCAGCAACAAGAGCUCCGCCCCCAGCUCCUCCUCAGCAGGUUCAUCAUCCUAAUGUUCCUGUUGCGGCUCCACCUCCCCCUCCGCCACCGCCACCUCCUCCCCCUCCUCCACCUCCACCAAUGAAUUUUGUUGCCCCACCCCCUCCUCCUCCUAAUCUCCCAUCAGGUUCUACUGCUCCAGCUCCUCCUGCUCUCCCUCCUGUCAAGGAUUCCCAUGUGAAUCUGAUGCAAGAGAUCAGGAAGGGUGGAACCCUGAGACAUAUAUCUCCGGAGAAGACAGCUAUACCUGUUCAGGAUACCAGGGGAACCCUGCUGGGACAGAUCAGGCAGGGUGUAAUCUUGAAGAAGGUUACUAUAGAGAGCCUAGGUCCUGCGGAGCCUGGAGUAGAGGGUCCUGGUAUAGCAGGAAUGUUACAGAAAGCUCUGCAGGAAAGAGGAAUGGCUAUGGGAAUGUCCUCUAGCGAUGAGUCGGAUGGUGACGAAGAUGAUGAAUGGGAUUAAAAAGAGGUUCUUAUAAUAUUAUUUAGCAUAUAGUUAUACCUAUACAAUGUACAUGGUAAUUAGGCGACCACAUUAAAAUGGCCUUUUAUAUGAUAGUUAAGGAUGUUAAUCGGUUAAAGGAUUGCAUGAAUCCUUAACUUUUAAAGUGUGAUGUACCAAUUUUUAAAACAAAUCGGAUAAAAGGAAUAAUAUUAUGACAACCAAAAGGCAAACCACACUGUCGAAAUCCUAAACCUGAAAGAAUAUGGCGUGUCUUGGAUUGAGUAUGUUGCUGCUAAAAUCAGACUAACAAAUGGAGACCGCGUACAUCACAAACAAUUUUUAGUAGUUCCUUAAUUCCCAUAUAAAUUUUAUGCAAGAAAACUAAUCAAAUAUGCACUUAAACCAUAUAAUUUUAAAUAUGUAAUACAAUUAAUACAGAGUCACCCAAAAAGAAUGAGACUUAUGACGACCCAAAACUCUAUUUAACAUACUUUUAUUUAUUCCAAUAUAAGGAAUGAUUUCUUUGACUAAAUAUUAAUUGGACGAUCUCCGCGAAGAAUUUUUUAGUUCUGAUAAGAAGCCAUUAGCUAUUUUUUUCUUUUUUAUCUUGAUUUAUUCUGCAGUAUUUCACCUUAUCCGUUCAAAUAUUAAUGUAAUGAAUAAUAACUGUUUUAACAACAAUAAUUUAUUUUAAAUACAUAUAUUAUACUACA